CUGCAAAGGAUGCUGUGUCGUGGUCUCCAUCCGUAACAGGCCACAUUUUGCUGUAGGCCCCCACCAAUUCGGAAUGUACUGUGUGUAUCACAGUGUGAAGAUUGUGAGAUCCCCGCGACAUGCACUGUAGUACAGUGCCAGUUUGCUCCGAUACCCCCACCUGAAAGCAAUCAGUCACCCUGACGGACCCCAGCUGUAGAAAAAAAGCUUCUUCAAAUCUCGUCCGCCUUCUCCAACCUCUUUUCUUCUUCACCCAUUCCGCCUUUGCAUUGAUCACAACAACAGGGUACCCUCCUGCCGCAACCGCGACGCGACCUUGCGCGUGUGAGUCAAGGCUGGUGUUUGAUUGUUGCCUCUUUCUUUUUUCCCGAGUCGUCAAAGACUCCCGGUCAGCGAUGCGCAACACCCUCAUCUUCGCUGGCAACUCGUGCCCAGCUCUCACGGAACAGAUCUGUGGGAAUCUGGGCAUGCAGCCUGCCGACGCCGAAUUGACCCAAUUCUCCAAUGGCGAGACUAGCGUCAGGCUUUUGACCAGCGUCCGCGAGAAAGAUGUCUUUGUUGUACAAUCGGGGAGCCCCCGUAUCAACGACUCCAUCAUGGAGCUCCUCAUCAUGAUCAGUGCAGCCAAGGGUGGCUCGGCGAAUAAGGUCACCGCUGUCCUACCUUAUUUCCCAUACAGCCGACAAUCCAAGAAAAAGGCUCACCGCGGUGCCAUCACAGCGCGCAUGCUUGCCAAUCUUCUUGGGGUCGCAGGCGUGAAGCACGUCAUCACGGUCGACCUACACGCGUCUCAGAUGCAAGGAUUUUUCAGAUGUCCUGUCGAUAACCUUCAUGCCGAGCCCAUCAUCGCGAAAUGGAUCCGCAGGAAUGUACCUCACUGGCGUGAAGCUGUUGUGGUAUCCAAGAACCCUGGCGGAACCAAACGAGUCACCUCCCUUGCCGAUGCUCUUAAGCUAAACUUCGGUAUGGUGACCACUGACCGGAAACGCGGAGGCUCGAACAUGGUUGGCAGCAUGAUGAUGCACCAUCUCGGGGGCUCGCAGCACCAGGCGGUGGAGACGACAGCGCAGGGCAGUAACUUUACCGAUCCCGCUGAACCGCCAUCCACAGCCGCCGAGCGCGAGCGGACUCCAGUCCGUGGAUCCCGCGGCACAAUUGCGGAUGACACAGGGUCACCGACAGGUGGUAAUCUGGCCAUCCGGCCCAAUGGCGGGCGGGCGUCGCAAAGCACCAUCACACCCCCAGGUCGCUCACCUGACCCGUCCGUCAACGGUGAUCUCGAGUUCGACGAUGGUCGCGCCAGAGAAGUGACCCACGGGCGCUUAGUGCACGGCCAUAUUGUGGAAGAUGAUGCCUCUUCGCCGAGUCGGUCAACAGCUGGCAACAGUGUGCACGAAGAGGACCCGAUGACCAUGUCUCAUCACUCCUCGAUGUUCGUACCGGACCGCCAGUCCCUUGGUGGCUCAGGCGAUGCUACCGUGAGCUCAGACGACGAGGACAAUGCGUUCGAGGACCCAGAAGUCGAGCAUAUGAUCACUCUGGUCGGCGACGUGAAAAACCGCACGGUCUUUAUUGUCGAUGACAUGAUCGACAAGCCAGCUACGUGGAUUGCCGCCGCCGAGACCGUGGUGAAGCGAGGCGGCGCCCAAAAGGUGUACUGCAUCGCCACUCACGGGGUCUUUGGCGGCGACUGCUUGGAGCAGCUGCAAGCUUGCCAGUGCAUUGACAAGAUCGUUGUCACCAACAGCUUCCCGCUCAGCGAAGAACGCUCUCGAGGCAUCACCAAGCUUGUCAUCCUCGACCUGUCGUUCAUGCUGGCUGAGGCUAUCCGGCGCAAUCACUUCGGUGAGAGCUUGUCGCCGUUGUUCCAGCACUACGGUGACUGAAAUGUCGAACUGCCACGGACAACUGAUUUUUUUCUCACCUGAAAUGGUGUCUGCUAUGGUCUUGAUUUGUUUAGCGAGGCGUCUGGGACGUGCACCACCGGGCACGGUGGUCAUAUCGAUUUAUGGGAAAUGUGUUAACGGCGGCAGGCAGUUGACGAAUAUUACGACUAUUGCACUCACGGUCUCGUAAGGAGAUCUCAUCGACUUGCAUUCGCACACGUGACAUGUCCAGGGCUUUAUGCCCAUCCAGCGGUGCUGUCCUCGUGGCAGCCAGGGUCCGAUUCAUCUCAGAAUGGAUCCUGAACGGAACGUUGGCAGAUCAUAUUAUUCGUUUGAAGAAGGCCCCUGAUUCGGAUUCUUGUGAUCCAUACCUUUUGGCGUGGAUUGGGGGCAAGAGAAAAUUUCGAACAUUUCAAUGCGUAAUACCACGAUCAGCAUCGC